AUGCUCGAGAUCGUCAAGUGUAACAAAGAUCCUGGGCACAUUAGCAGCCAGUAUCACACCCAGAUCCGAAGUCGACAAAGCACUGAUCUCGAUCGCCCCGAAGAAGGAGCCGAGGCGCAAGAUCCAGGCCCCGAUCUGAGAUCGGAUGAGGAUCUGUAUGUUGCUAGCUUCGACGGAUCCGCCCGUGUCAAGCGAGGGGGAGGUGCCUACAGCGCGAUCAUGUGGAAAUUGCCAGAGCGGACUGUUGUGAAGGCCAGAUCCGGCUAUGCCGAGGGUCUGACUGUCAAUGAAGCUGAAUAUAACGGCCUCUUGUUACGUUUUGAUUUGCUGGAAGGAACGGAUCCGUUGCGGUUGGUGAUCUGUGGCGACUCAAACUUGGUGAUCCGCCAAGUUAGGGGUGAAAUCGAUUGCAAGGCACCUGGAUUGACAUUAUUAAGGCAAAAGGCGUUGGACAGAUUGCGGAUCCGGCCGGAUCACGAAUUGUCUGGCUACGCAUUGCAACGGCAGUGCGGAAUCGAAGUCGAAACUGAUAGCGAAAUUCAGGAUCUGAUCACCUUGAAUAGACUGGAUGAGAUCUUGGUGGUGAAAUCUGAAGAUCCGGUAAUGCAGAUCUCGUCCGUUACCACUAGAUCAAAGGCCAGAUCCGGUGUGAGAUCGGGAUCCAAUCCCCCGGUAAUGUGCGAAGAAGUGAUCAGAGAGCUCAGGAUCGAGCGGAUCCGGCAGGCACAGGAUGAGGAGGCGUGGAUCCACAAUUUGAAGUAG